AUGCGGUUCAUAACAGUUCAUAUCCUUACCCUCCUGGCCCUUGGCGUUUCAGCCACCCCCGUCCCCGCUGACCGUUCCCGAAGGCUGCAAACCGAUGGCUACAGCCCUGCCCAAGAAUUUGAGAGUUGGAGGGGGAGCAGAUUUUCAAAUACCUAUCGGCAGAUGCGGAGCGACGACGAAUUCCGCAAAUUAGAUAAUGAAGCCCAACAAGCUUACAAGAAAGCCGGCGCGACGGAUGGCCGGCGCCCCAGCGACAUUGCGGUUCCACCAAACCUCCGGCACAUUGUGCACAAGGUUGACCCGGGCUAUGAAUCUGACUAG